CCCUGACCAAGGAUCAAACCUGUACCCCCUGCUUUGGAAGGGGAACUCUGAACCACUGGGCCACAGAAGUCUCUCAAUUCUUUGAAUGAACAGGGAACCAGAAAAUAUCAAGGCCUGGUCAAAGUGCAUUUGAGGAAUUGGGUGUUCAUAGGCAACUUAAAUGAAUGUUAGGAUAAGAUUGCUAAGUUAGAACGUUGGUUCAUGUCCUACAGGGCCAUAAACUGUAGUUUAUGGGGUUAUCAUGUCUUCUAUGUGGAGAUUAUUUGCAUCUCUGUUGAAUACAAAUUCAAAAGUUUAUAUGUAACUUCAAGUCUGGGGAUUGUAAUCAAUAGUAAUCAUCGAUGAAGCAGAGGGCAUUUCCCCUAGACAACUCUGAGACAGACCUUUGUCCCAUGUGACACUGAAGCGAGAUACCAUCCACAUUUUCGCCAUAUUUCUAAAGUUGUAGAUAAUUUUUCUUAAUAGCUUCUUUAAAAAAAAAAUAGUAGUUAGGAGCACUCAGUCUUUUAGAAAGUUAUUUAUUUAUUAAUUUAUGGCUGUUCUGGGUCUUCGUCGCUGCACAGGCUUUUCUCUGGCUGCAGCGCGCAGGGGCUCCUCUCUAGCUGCCGUGUGCAGGCUCCUCAUCACUGUGGCUUCUCUUGUUGUGAAGCACGGGCUCCAGGGUGCAUGGGCUUCAGGAGCUGUGACCCGUGGGCUCAGUAGCUGCAACUCCCGGCCUAUAGAGCACAGCCUCAGUAGUUGUGGUGCGUGGGCUUGUCGCUCCGAGGCACGUGGGGUGUUCCUGGACCAGGGCUUGAGCCCGUGUCUCCCGCAUUGGCAGGCACACGCCUUGUCCCUGAGCCACCAGGGAAGCCCCUUAAUAGCUUCUUGAGAUGAGGAGCAGCACUUUUCAUUUUGUGUGCUCCCCCGCCCCCACUCCAGCCCAGCAUCCUCUUAGGCACGUAACAUGCCCAAGAGCGCUUAUUGAAGGAUGUGUUUUUAUCUACGAGAAGAAGCUUUUCUGGUUCCCCAAUGACAUGUCCAUCAUGCUUAUCCCCAUUGUUUAUCAUCCAUUCUUAUUCAUAGCUUUAUGCUUUUCCAAAGAUACUUCACCUAGUAAGAAUAUUCUUAUUUCUUUAUCAUCAGGCCAGCCCAAGCCAGAGGUAACUUGGUAUAAGAAUGGUCGAACCAUAAAUGAAUGUGGCAGUGUCUCCAGCUACGAAUUCUUCGAGAAUCAGUAUGUUCACGUAUUACACCUCUAUUGCUGUACCCAAAAUGACACUGCUGUUUAUCAAGUCUCUGCUCGGAACUGUUUUGGGAUGAUCUGCUGCUCUGCUUCCAUUGAAGUGCAGUGCCCGUCAGAGGACCAACCACUCUCUCCCAACCCAAAAGAUGACGGGCACACAGGUUGGAAACACGACACGGAGACGUAUGAGCAGGAGAGCCCAAACCACACUGAUGAGAAAGAGCAUCCUUAUAAGGAAGGAGAAGGUAUCGCCUCGGGGCCUCCUACGUCAGCUGACGCCCCCUCCUCCAAAUCCAGCGGUGCUCAUUCACUCCAGGUAUCGGCCGACCGUGACCCUGGCGCAUCUGGCUCUGACAACCCCUUGGCGGUUAAAGACACGAGGCAAACGGAAGAGGCUGGUGGUGCUGCUAACACAGAGGGCGUUGCGGACGGGUUGCGUUUUUCUAGUUCAAGUGAUGCUCCUGAUAAACAAGAUGUGUGUGGCUGCAGGGCCGUGCAUUCCGAAGUACCAAGGUUAACAGAUGGUGCCUUAGACCCUGAGGGCCCUAACGAGGAAGCCUUGAACUCUAGUCACCAAAAUGCCAGAGUCCAGAAGUACAUCAGCUUCAGCCUGGUCCUGACACGGGAAGACUCGUCCGCUCCUCCAGGUACCAGGCCCGUCAGCCCCCCGGCUUCCAGCACAGAUUCUGACAGUGACUAUGAACUUUGCCCAGAGAUAACCCUAACCUGCACCGAGGAGUUUUCAGAUGAUGACCUGGAGUAUCUGGAAUGUUCCGACGUUAUGACAGAUUACUCUAAUGCGAUCUGGCAAAGGAACCUGCAGGGGACGGAGCAUGUUUUUUUAUUAGAAAGCGAUGACGAAGAGAUGGAAUUCAGUGAGUGUAGCCUGGGUGGGUGUGCGCAUUUCUUCAGUGAAUUGGGUUGCAGGCCCCCGGUGUCGGAUGACACGGGGCCCAUGGAUGCCACCGCUGGCCUCUGUGGUCAUCACUCACCACCCCAAGAAGUGGGGGGAAGGAGCAGCCGGGCCUCCACGCACAGAGCCUCAUCCUUGCGAGAGGGGAUGCCCCUGCCCCUGGGACUUCAGCAGGAUGGACCGGCUACGGUGACAGACCCGGGCAGGUAUAAACCACCCGUUGCCUUGGAGGCUGCUGAAGACGGUUAUCCAGGAAUUCAAGGAGAAACCAGAGACAGCCACCAGGCCGGAAAGGAAUUCUCUGGUGACAACCUGCUAAACAUGGAUAAAGCGGUGACAGGGACAGAGGGGAAGCACUUGUCUGGUGAGUCAGGACAGCCAGGGAUGAGCCGGUGUCUGGAGACCAGGGCCGAGAGAAGAGUAGGGGGAAAAGACGGAUGGAGCCAGCGGGGCUCUGAGAAACCUGCCAGGACGUGGCGACUGGGAAUUAAGGGAAAAGCCAAGAGGCUGAAUUCCAGCCUGGAAGAAAGGACAGCGGAAGCCUCCCUGGAUCGCCUCUGUCCCAAGGGACCUGUUAAGCACCCACUAACCCCGAGUGACAGAAGAGCCAGCUCCCAUGCCAGAGCAAAAGGGACUGAUCUGAAGCCCCAGUUUCCUGCAGGAGGCCCUGAGGUUCCAACCCAAGCAGAGCCAGAAGCGAAAACCCUGCAGACUCCACCUGGCUUGCUCUCCAAGGAGGAGACCUUGCAGUUCCAGAGAGAAGGGGUGUGGGUUACGGACGUAUUUGAAACGUGCAAGGUUUCAGGCUGGAGUGAUCAUCCUCAGGUACAAAUUCAGGAAACAGUCAGGGAGCGAAUCUCUCUCAGCCACAUGCCGGCUUUCUCGGAGCCUACUGGGGAGGAGCCUACUUUUCCUGGGACCACAACAGAGUCCCUCCCCAACUUAGGAGGGAUCGACAAAGAAAGUGCAUUAUUGGCCGAACACCCGGAGGUAGACGGCUGUACCCAAGGGGCACGGCAUGAAGAAAACCAAGGUGACAACACGCUCGGACGUUCUGGAAGAGACCUGGGGCGUGCGCUGAGCAUCCCAGAAGCCAGCAGUGAAGCCAUGGACCUGGGGCGUGCGCUGAGCAUCCCAGAAGCCAGCGGUAAAGCCAUGUCCCCCUGUGAGCUGUCGGGGCCUCCCCCCCAGCCCCGGGCUGCCUCUGCGUCCCCUGAAUUUGCACAUACUGUCCCCGCCCGGGAGACCAGGUGCGCUGGGCCAGGGGACGGAGUAGCCACGCGUGGCCUGGAGCGUCUUGAAGCAGGUGGCCAGGAAGCGUGUGAUACCGUGGGCUCUCCGGUUGGAGCCCCAGUUGGUAAACAUUUGCCUCAAGAAAUGUGCUCCCUGGACUUAGAGCUGGCAGGUCAAAGCAAACCACCUGAUUUAUGUCCUCCCGAUGACAAGACUCUGGACGUUCUCUCUCAGACACGAGGUCCUGAGCCUCCCCAGACUACGUGCGGGAGCAGUGGCGAGAGAACCUCUCCCGACUCCCCUCUUUUCAUCAGCACUUUCACCUGGAACAUCUCACAAAAAGCCACUAAAGGUGCCACCGGGGAGGAUCUAGCCAACAUAGAGGGUUCUGCCUCCACGUCGGCCUCCAUAGUAAAGGCUGGCCAGGAGAGGCUGAGCCCCAGCCACUCAGGGGACCUUGAGGAAAGAUGGCCUCUAUCUCCAGAGAGCAGCUCUUCCCUUUGGGCCAAAGAAGGAGGUGACGAGAACUCCAGCCCUGGUGCCCCGGACUCGGCAGACAUACCGGCAGGUCAUAGUUCAGUAGCGAAGUUUCCUCAGGAGGAGCCCACAACACUAACUGCUAACGUUGAAUGUUCUGAGGUGACCGGGGUGAAUAGCAACACAUCCGCUCUUUCCGUUGCCCCAAAAGGCCACCCACCCAAAUACCUCACUGUUUCAGUUGCUGGGGACAGCCAUGCAGGUGGCUCUCAGGAGAGUUCACCUCGGGCACCAGAUGGAAAUGCUUCUCGACUUCCUUCCAGUGUACAGUUGGCUCAUGUUUUUAAUGGUUCCACAAUCAAAUCUUCAAGAGAGCUAGGACCCAUGGCUCCCAGUGGACCUGGGAUCCAUGUCCGAGUUCCUCAACUCCCAGAGGGAGAGGGUUUUGGUGGCAGUUCCCUGCUUCAGAUUAAUAACCUGUCUAGAAAGAAGAGCCAGACCGGGCACAGAGCAGACACGAGGACCCUUGAAGAGAAUUUCCAAGAAAAAGGAAGUGAAACGGCAGAGAGGGUCCAGCAGGGUUCUUCUGACGAUAAUUUCCAAGAAACUUUGCCCACGACAUCUGUCGGACAAGUGGAAACAAAUUUGGUGCCCUCAGACUGCUCGUCAGCCAGCUCCACAGAGAGGAGAGGGCAGAGCUCGGGCACUCGUGUGUCUGUGGUGGCUGAAUCUCCAAUGAAAGAUGACUGUCAGCCUCUGAGCCAAGCUCCCCCUCUCUCUAAUGUCCUUCUGGACAAGUCUAAAGAGAGCAGUCCAGGAUGUUGGGAAGCAGGUAAAAAGCUGAAGAUCAUAACUCUAGAGGCUUCUGUUUCAGAAACCUGGCCACUGGGACAGCUGACAGAUUCUGGGUUCAAGGGGAUGGACGCUGGUCUCAUUCCUGACAGGAUCCGGGCAAUUCCUGAUGUUCUAAAGGCGGGUGCUGCCGUGCCUAAACCGGGCCCCUCUAAGACAGCAUCAGCCUGCAAUCCUCAGGUAGAGUAUAGCUCAGCAAUUGCUAAUAACCGAAAAAUCCAUAAAAGGGAAGAACGAGCUGGCUGUGCAAGUUGGAGUUGUCUUUCCUCCCAGUAUUUGAGCCAACACAGAUUCCUGGAGUCAUCUGUGGACCCUGUAGAGGGAAAGAAAGUCUGUGUCACAGGCUUGCUCCCAGAGGCUUUCAGAACUGGAAGGAAGGAAAAUGCUAACCGUGUGAGCCAAAAUCGAGAUGAAAACCGACUCAAGAGGGAUCGGCCCGCCUUCUUUAAGCAGCUCCUGUCCUGCCCUAACAUCUUGGAGUCCUCUGUGGACCCCACUGAUGAAAUGAGUGUGGGCUGGGCCAGGGUGGAACCACCAGAGCCUUCUGAGUCCACACUGGGGGCCAUCGCAGUGGAGAAUAAACCAAAGGGUGGACACUUGGACCAGAGACUGGAAGUCCAACCUGCCAUCUUGCAAGUUCCGUGUCCCCAGCAAAGUGGGGAAACCCCUCCAAGUGAAAACGGCACCAACCAAAACCAAGGGGACUGUGUGGGAUGGGAGGCAGGACAAAGUCACCAUGACGGAGCAAAGGGGGACAUGCGUUCUGCCAUUUUGCCAGUCCCAGGCCCUGUGCGGGGUGGGGAGGCGAUGCCAGGGGGACUCACCAGAAGCCGAGUACAGGAAGACAGGGAGAGGCGCUCAGGGGGGCCUGGACGCAGUAAAAGCAACAGAGCAGCAUUAGUCUCCCCCGCCCUAGCUCUCUCUAGCGGUCUUGCCAGGGUGACCCCCCCAUCUGUUGGAGUCACUACUCACAGCUUCACAGCUCAGAGUGAUGACCUCCGUGAGGAGGGCUCCGUGGAGCCCAGAAACCACAAGCGUGCCUUUUCUGACUCAGAGGAAAGGCGAGCUAUGAAGAGUGAGUGGAAGCAAGCGCCCUCUUCCAGUGGUCUCACCCGGGGGCCUUUUACGUCCUCUCCUGAAAGAAGAGGCAUCACAGACUUUUCAAGAAGCCACAGAAUUGAGGAACAUGAGAUAGAGGAGCCCCCCGCUGGGGAAACCAAACCCACAGGCACAUCUGGUUCCCCGGCGGGGCCCCUGGCGUCUGUUUCCGGAGAACGUGCGUCAGUGAAAGCUCCUAAGAUGCUGCUGGACCCCUACCAACAGGGCUCCACCCUGGGCCAUGGGACAAAGUCGGGGGAGGAGGAGAAGGUUGGCCCCGUGGCAGCCCAAGCUAGCCGUCCACCCCCGCCAGCAGCAAUGAAGUCACAGGAGGUCAAGGAGAAGCAAAAAACCCCAGGAAGUGGACACUUAGCUGAGGGGGUAAAGAAGAAAAUUCUGUCCAGGGUGGCCGCCCUGAGGCUGAGAUUGGAAGAGAAGGAGAAGGUGAGAAGGAACUCGGUCUUUGAGAGUCGUAAGCCUGAAACGUCGGUCUCACGCACAGAUGAGAAAGGAGAGCCCCAGAGGCCACCUUGCCAAGGCGAAGGGAGAGCUCCAGUAUUACUGAAAAAGAUCCAAGCUGAGAUGUCCCCUGACCACUCUGGAAAUGUAAAAUUGAGCUGCCAGUUUGCAGAGAUUCAUGAAGAUUCUACCAUCUCGUGGACGAAAGAUUCAAGAUCGAUAGCUCAAGUGCAGAGAAGAGCAGGAGACAACUCCAUGGUGAGCUUGGCCAUCCUUCAAGCCAGUCAGAAGGACCAGGGCGUCUAUUACUGCUGCAUCAAGAACAGUUACGGGAGAGUGACCGCUGAGUUUAACCUCACUGCCGAAGUUCUCAAACAGCUCUCAAGUCACCCAGAUGUUAAAGUAUAUGAAGAGAUUGAAUUCAGCCAGCUCAUCUUCCGAGAGGACUUCCUCCGUGACAGCUACUUCGGGGGCCGCCUGCAUGGCCAGAUCGCCACGGAGGAGCUGCACUUCGGGGAAGGCGUCCACCGGAGAGCCUUCCGCAGCAAGGUGCUGCGCGGCCUCACGCCGGUCUUCAAGCCCGGCCACGCCUGCGUGCUCAAGGUGCACAAUGCCGUCGCCUACGGGACCAGAAACAACGACGAACUCAUCCAGAGGAACUACAGGCUCGCCGCGCAGGAAUGCUACGUGCAGAACACCGCCAGACACUAUGCGCAGAUCUACGCCGCAGAAGCCCAGCCUCUGGAAGGCUUCGGGGAAGUGCCCGAGAUCAUUCCUAUUUUCCUUAUCCAUCGACCUGAGAAUAACAUCCCAUACGCAACCGUGGAGGAAGAGCUGAUUGGAGAAUUCGUGAAGUAUUCCAUCAGGGAUGGAAAGGAGAUAAACUUCUUGAGAAGAGAGUCGGAGGCUGGGCAGAAGUGUUGCACCUUCCAGCACUGGGUCUACCAGAAAACAAGUGGCUGCCUGCUGGUCACGGACAUGCAGGGUGUAGGCAUGAAGUUAACCGACGUUGGCAUAGCAACAGAGGCUAAAGGGUACAAAGGAUUUAAAGGCAACUGUUCCAUGACCUUCAUCGAUCAGUUUAAAGCCCUCCACCAAUGCAACAAGUACUGUGAAAUGCUGGGCUUGGAGUCGCUUCAGGGCAGCAGCCAGAAGCAGAAGAAGCCAAGCAUCGGGCGGAGCAAGAUUCAGCCCAGCGCCACAGCCGUGAAGAAGGCGGCCUCCGGGAGCCUGGCAGAAAAGAAAAGCUAACGUCUCCUAUUAACUGAUGGUCCCUGGCUGGCAGCACACAGCCUCGUGGGGGAGAAAUCGGAAAACACCCCGGAGAGAACGCACAGCCUGCAGCGUGACGUGACCGUCGUUUUCCCUACCGCCUGUUCUCCGAGCUGCUUCCAAAACCAUCACCUGCUGUCUCCCCUGAGAUGGUUUCAGAGCCGGCUUGGCGACCAGACUUAGGGGAGACUGGAUCCACUGUCAGUCUCAAAGAAGUCCUCUCUGUGGCCUUUGCACGCCCUCACGUUAUGUGUCUGUCUGUAUAUCGCCGUGAUUGCCGUGUGGCAGACUUGUUCCCCUGCAGACUCUGCCCACAGCCCUGUCCCUUGCCAACCGCCUUCUAACCUCGAGGAUUCCAGACGCAUCCAACUGCUACAUCCACAGGAAACGUGAACUCCGUCACUGGGUCGAGCUGUCGCGCUGACGGAGACGAUGCUGUUGUAGCUGGAGGGGGCUUUCGAAACGUCAGGCCAUUUCCCAUCAGCGCUCACACAUCCCGUUAUAACGUUCUGUUUAAUUAAACUCAUCUUUAGAUACAAAGUGUAAGAUGCAUGUAUUCACCCAGACACUUGUUCUUCAGAAUUUGUGCUGUAUUUCGCCUUCCCCCAGGAUUAGUAAUUUAGUACUUUCCUAAUAUGUCUACUGGAGCACAAACUAUUUUCAUCUGUGUUUUCUCCCAGUUCUUAUAAGCACUGCUUCCAGGUUAAUGCGCUUUCUACCUUGCUCUCUAAAUCCAAGGGCUGCCUGCCCUAUGUGGGAUUUUUCUAGAAGAUGCGUACAAAUCCUGGCUGGGGUACACAGCUCACAGGGUUCUAGCGCCUCGGGCUCGUUCUCGGCAUGGGGGCGGGGUGGCAAGUGGGCUCCUUCCUGCCAGUCUGGGUCCUGCCUAACUUGGAGCGGAAUGGCUCCCGCUGACCCCAUUGGGCAAGAAGAGAUGCUCUGAAGACAGGUCUCUCAGCCCGGAGUGAGAACGCCUCAGGCCCCAGCAGCAUGUUGUUACUAAUUACAGACUAUUUUUAGAGCCGUUUUAAGUGUAUGAAAAUGAGUGGAAAGUAUGGACACGUCCGGUAUGGCCCCUUCCCCCAUUCCAUAUUUCCCCCUAUUAUUGGCUUCUAACAUGCGUGUGAUACCUUUGUUAUAACUGAGGAACCGAUGUUGAUUCGUGACAACUCAUUCAAGUGCAUACUUUACACUUCCAUCCACGCUUGGUGCUCACACUCUCUGGCUUUGGGCACACACACGAUGACAUGGGUGCAGCACACCCAGGGUCGCUUCACUGCCCCGAACAUCCUCUGCACUCCGCCCCUUCCUGCC